GAUCUGAGUUAUUCGUGCCACGCUGGCGAUGAUAUACAGAAGGUGCUUCCGAAUGAUUUGCCCGAUACUGCUGCUCGCUCUGCUCUCCCUCCUGCCCCUCGCAGCGGAGGGUUUCGGAGAGGCGAAGCCCACUGUAAAGAAGACGGACCUCUGCCGGCCCGAUCUCUGCUCAUCCGAGCAUCCCCAUGUGGGCUGCAUUACGGCCAAGCAAUUUGCCCCGGCCUGUGGCAAGGGCAAUCAAAUCAUCUUUGUGAACGGCGGGCUGCGGCAGCGCAUUCUGCAGAGCAUCAAUAUCCUGCGCAACUACGUGGCCAGUGGGGCAGGCAACUUCUCGGUCGCUGGCCGCAUGCCCACCAUAAGCUGGGACCGCAAUCUGGAGCUAUUGGCCAGCCUGCUGGUGCGUCAGUGCGAUGAAGAGGGCAAGUACUGCUCCAAUACGGAGAAGUAUCACUAUGUGGCCACCACCCAGCUAGGCGGCACGAUGGCGCAGAGCGGCAAUAUCGCCCGCCUGGUGAUAAACAAGCUUCUGCCCACGCUAUUCCUGGAUCUUCUAGGCUGCCGCAUGGACGAAAGCCAUAGGCUGCAGCCCCUGUCCGAAGGAACCUGUGUGGGCCACUAUGUACCCCUGAUCCAGGACCAUGGGAGUCGCAUGGGCUGCGCCAUUCGUGUGAAGGCUGAUGAGUCUGGCAAUGCGACCAUUUUCCUGAACCUGCUCUGUCACUUCUCGCGGGCCAAUGUGAACAAUAAUCAGCACUACGAGGUGGCUACCAUUCCCGGAGAAUUGUGCAGCGCCGGCAAGAGCAAACUCUAUAGAUUCCUAUGCGAUCGUAUCGAAGAGGUCAACGCCAAUAACAUCGGAGAGGAGGAAAUGACUGGCGCACAUUUUUAACUGUUUUGUAAGUAAACUGAAUGAGUGAAUAAAGGUGGUAGCAUGGUGGCGCUGCAUAGGGUAUUGCUUCCAGAA